AUGGCGUCGUCUCCAGACCAGAUUCCGGGCCAGGAAUACGAUUAUGAAGCCCUUCCUUCUAAUUAUGGCCUAGGCCAUAAUAUGCUUGCCGGUGCAUUUGCAGGGAUAGCGGAGCACUCGGUCAUGUACCCAGUUGACUUGCUCAAGACCCGCAUGCAGAUCCUGAACCCGUCCACAGGUGGCCUCUACACCGGCUUGACCAACGCGGUCUCGACAAUUUACCGGAUUGAAGGUCUGCGAACACUAUGGAAGGGUGUCUCGAGUGUGAUCAUUGGAGCUGGCCCGGCACAUGCGGUUUACUUCGGCACCUACGAAAUCGUCAAGGAGAUGGCCGGUGGCAAUGUGGAUGAUGGGCAUCAUCCUUUCGCAGCAGCACUGAGCGGAGCAUCUGCGACUAUUGCCAGCGAUGCGCUGAUGAACCCCUUUGACGUCAUGAAGCAGCGAAUGCAGGUCCACGGUUCCGUUCACAAAAGUCUGAUGCAAUGCGCCAAGUCCGUGUACCGCGCCGAAGGUCUCCAGGCCUUCUAUGUCUCUUACCCGACGACUCUCUGCAUGACCGUGCCUUUUACCGCCACACAGUUCGUCGCCUAUGAGUCCAUCUCCAAGGUCAUGAAUCCCAAGGGCGAGUACGAUCCUUUCACUCACUGCAUGGCGGGUGGUCUGGCCGGUGCCUUUGCUGCCGGUAUCACGACCCCUCUCGAUGUGGUCAAGACCCUCCUGCAGACCCGUGGUCUCGCCCAGAGUGAGGAAAUUCGAUCGGCUCGGGGUCUCUUCAACGCGGCGGCGAUCAUCAAGCGCCAGUUUGGUUGGAGCGGUUUCCUGCGCGGCAUGCGGCCCCGUAUCAUCUCUACUAUGCCCAGUACCGCCAUCUGCUGGACCUCCUAUGAAAUGGCCAAGGCUUAUUUCAAGAGUCUCUCCGAAUAA